AUGAAGGCAGGCUCCGCCAGCAGUCGCGGAGCGGGGCGGCUGUGGACGGCAGCAGGGUCGUCGCCGCAGGGGUCCAUGCGAGGGAUCGGCGACUCGUCGCUGUCGUCGCGUUCGCGAAAGAGCAAGAAGAGUCGCUCGCUCGUGAGGCGGCUGCUGAAAUGCCGCUUCCAGACCUUCAUCCUCUGCGUCGUUCUGGUGUUGCUGUGCAGUGCGCUCGUCUUUCUCUUCGUGGUGGACAAGUUCCCCUUCUCCAUGGGUGCCAAAGAGGCCGCUGCUGCUGCUGCAGACGACCUUUCCACGUCAGCAGCGGAGACGAAACCAUCCCACGUGGCAAUGGAUCUGAGCGCGCAUGGCAAGCAGCAAGAGACGGUCAGGAUGAUCACUGGGGAGGGGGACGGCAUGGCGGCGGACGGCAAAGGCUCUAAGGGCGGCAAGGGAGGCGGCAAAGGUGGUGGGAAGGGCGGUGGGAAGGAGAGUAAGGAUAGUAAAGGCGGCAAGGGGAAGGCAGAUCCCAAACAGGCAGCACAGGGGAAAGAUGCCAAAGAUGGAAAAGAUGCUAAAGGGGGCAAGGGUGGGAAAAGGGCGAAGGAGACAGGGAAACCUGGUGCUGGUGCUGGCGGUGGUAAGACAAGUCACCCUACCACCGGUGCUAAGCAGGCGAGUCCCAAGCAGCAGCAGAAGGCCAGUGAUGCUGGUAAGGGAAAGGGGGGGCAUCCUGCAGGGAAGGCACCUCAUGGGAAAUCGCCCGGAGGGAAGGCGCCAGGAGGAAAGGGCGCAGGUGCGAAAGCUGGGGGGGUGGUACCUGGUUCUGGGAAGCAAGCAGGGGAGGUGCAAGCAGGUGCGGGGAAGAAUGUUGCAGCACAUGCAGGGGGGAAGGGAGCAGCAGUGGUGGCGAAGGGAAAGGUGCACCCAGCUCCUAGGCAAGACAAGGCGGGAGGAGCAAAGGGUAAAGGCGGGGUUGCUGCAGGGAAGCAGGGUGGGAAGGGGAAAGGAGCAGUGCCGGCUGCUGGGAAGUUAAGAGGGGUUGCUGCUGACUCUAAGAAGGGAGGGAAAUGCAUCAGGGCGGCUGCUCCGCUUCCCCCUCUCACCAGCAGUUCGUUCCGCCGAGUUUCUAGCCUCAUUCGCAAGUCGGAAUCUCCUGCAUUUCGAGACCUCGUCGCCAUGGCGAAGGGCAAGGGCGGGGCGAUCCUCGUGAAGCUGCUGUCGGCGGCGGGGACGGGCUUUUUCUAUGUCACCAAGAAGAAUCCGCGCAAUCUGCCGCACAAGCUCGAGUUUAGGAAGUAUGACCCGCGCGUUCAGAAGCACGUGCUCUUUACCGAGACUAAGCUCCGUUAG